AUGGCGACCUCUUAUUCCAAAACAACUAGCCCAUUGUCACCAGUGAUCAAAGACGGCUCGAUCAAAAACCCUCCUGCUGCUGCCUUCAUCACUGUUCCCUCCUUACCACCCAACUCUGCUCCAUCUGUCUCCGCUCCUCCCAACCUCCAGGCUUUUCCGACCUCAUCGUCUCCAUCCUCUUUCUCCGACCAAUCUAUCUCCAUACUCCCUUCGCAAUCAUCUCUGGUGGAAAGUCAAUCUACACCUUCACCUUCAUUGAAAACUGCUUCUGCCGAUGUUUAUCCGCCAGCGACAUCUUUAUCGGAACUCCCGCAUAAAAAUAUCUAUAAAGAAGGUGUGAUGCCGCCUCUAUCUUCAUCUCAUUACUCUCCCGCUCUCUCGCAUACCACUUCUUUCCUUUCCUUUUCUUUAUCUCCCUCGUCUUCUUCUUCAUCCACUUCGUCUCGUGAGGUGCAAUUUGCUGCAGCGCCUGGCUCGUCUGGCCAUGCCUCAACUGAACCCUCCCGACCUUUCGGCCUUGUCACGGGGCCCUGGUUAGCUCCCAGUGCAUUAGCCGGUGAAUCUCGGUUUGUUGAUCUACAAAUGCGCGCCAUGCUCCAGUGGAUCGCGAGUGCUAUAGCCAGUGACUCAAUCAACUCUGUUGCUUCGCCUGCUGUAGGACCGACCCAACAACCACACGAAUUGCAUCAGCGACAGAACGAUCAACCUAAUGCAGGAGGACAGUCGGAGCUGGAACUUGAGGCUGAGCCGAAUGGUGACAGAGAAAACGAUGGUCCUUCCAGCAGAAAGGUCAUGGACCGAAAAUUAAAAACGCCUCAUAUGAAAAUUCGGACAGAGGAAAUAAUUGAUUGCCAGUCUCAUCCUAUCAGUGAUGCACUCAGCUCAACGUGUUUUCCGAAUACCAAUUGUCCACCUCAACUCAACCCUAAUAUUCCAUCAUUCCAGCUUUCAACCAUCAUCGAUCCAGAAAUUUAUCAUGAAGAGAACCUUUCUACUUCGUCUUUCGUAUCAGCAACUGCAUUACCCUCAGACAUUUUAAGACAUGCCAACGUCCCAUCUAAAACCGAAAUUAGCGUCAACGCUACUUCACUAGAUAUGAUCAACUGCGUUAGUGACUCAACAACGCCAACAACAACAACCUUUAGUACUAUUCCAAUCAGACCUUCCUCCCCUAAAAGCAUUCCAUCGACAUUAUCAGGCACCAGCACCAUUUCAGCAACGCCAAAGGCCAAUGAACUUAGUCUCUUAAUAAAGCCUUCUACUUACCUCACCACAAUAAAAACCAAGGAAACCGCUAGUACGUCACCUCAUAGCACAAGUACCAUUACCACAGGGGCAAUAUCAUUCACAAAUAAAACUAUAUCCACAACAUUAUCACCCAGAUCUAUUGUCAUUCCAGACGAUAUAACCAACAGUGGUAAUAAUAUAAAAACAUCUACUAUUGAUUCUACCCCAGAAACGACACUUAUUCCACCUCCAAAUCUUAUAACAAUGAAGAUCGCUAGCCAAACCAUUUCGCCAUUACCUAAUGUCCUCAACACUAUAAAGACAGAAACGGCAGAUAUUGCCGCUUGUUCAAAUGCAUCCAACAUUACCAAACUCACCACUACCAAAAAAGCGAUUCUUAUAAAGGCCCCCGUAAAAAUAGCCGCACUUAACACUAUCCGAACCUGUUCAGCCUCAACUAAGGGUACUACAUUAUCACAAGGGCAAAAUUACGCCACUGCGAAACUGACCCCUUCUACAUUCUCGACAACGUCCACCACUAGCAGCAUUUCUCCAACAGACACUCUUGGUCCAGAAAGUCCCAUCAGCACUAUUGUGACCUCACCUAUUACCACAAGGACAGAUUUAAUUAACCCAAGCACUGAAACUGUCCCAGUUUUUGGAUCCAUAAACAGCACCAUCCCUCCUACUUCGGUUUCCACUGCCACUACGAACGCCAUUGCUAAUAAUUCUAGUCAGGCUGCACCGAGGUUACAUGCCUUACCUCGUCAAGCAGAAUCCCGGAUUGGCCAACGUAGCUACAUUUCCCCCAUCGUCUAUUGCAUCCAAGAAGAUUCCCAGGCCCAAGAACUUGCCAGCAUUGUUGCCUUGGUAACCAAGGCCGAUCUGAGUGCCGGCGAGCUUUUAGCCAUGGUACUAGACUAUGCUGAGACUCGAAGAGCUGCUGGCCAUUGCCCUCUACUGCCGCGACCUUCGCAUAACAACCCUGUUUCAGCCGCCACUACUGAUUUCAGCAGUAGAACCGCGACCGCUUGUCCAAAAAGCAAUCUGAAAUCUGGGCCUACUUUGUUCGCAUACUUGACCGAACGUCUUGACCGCCGGUCCACCUUUGCCUCUUCUAAGCUGUGA